GUAAUUUUUCCCGCCUCUCUCCCUCUCAUUUCCAGCUCCCGAAACCCUAACCAGAAAUGGUCCAGAAGCAAGGACCCACCGCCGAUCCCACCGCCACCGAACCUAAGAAACGACGUCGUGUGGGCUUCUCCCAUCCCGAUGUUGGAGUAGACGCCAAAGAUUGCAUCAAGAUUUACCUAGUUUCUAGCAAAGAGGAAGUGGGUGCUUCAAACAACUUUUGUUUAGAUGAUGUUGACUUGGAUAGAUUUUUUGAUGAGGGGAAGAUACAUGGUUACAAAGGACUGAAGAUUACCAUAUGGGUUAGCAGUAUUUCAUUUCAUGCCUUUGCUGAUAUUGCAUUUGAGAGCACAACUGAUGGAGGCAAAGGGAUCACCGAUUUGAAAUCAACUCUUCAGGAAAUCUUUGGUUUGACCCUUGUUGAGAGUGAGGAGGAGUUCCUACAAAGUUUUUCAACACAGAGGAAUUUUAUUAGAUCCAUUGUCUCAAAUGGGGAGGUGUUGCAGUACAAGACCUCCAAUGGACAAAUAAAUGAUUCUAAUGCAGCCACUUCUGAUGUGGAGGUUGUGCGCUUGGUUGUGGGCAAGACAGCUGCUGGACACCUUUACAGUCACUUGAUUCCUCUUGUUCUUCUUCUUAUUGAUGGUAGUAGUCCAAUUGAUGUUGUGGAUCCAAGCUGGGAGUUGUAUGUCCUGAUCGUGAGGAAAACAGAUCAGCAGGGGGAAAUCUACAAUAUGUUGCUUGGUUUUACAGCUGUGUAUCGUUUUUACCAUUAUCCUGAUAGUUCUCGGUUGCGGAUUGGUCAGAUAUUGGUAUUGCCUCCUUAUCAACACAAGGGUUAUGGACGAUACCUUCUUGAGGUUCUCAAUGAUGGUGCAAUAUCUGAAAACGUCUAUGACCUCACCGUUGAAGAACCAUUGGAUUACUUUCAACAUGUACGCACUUGUGUUGAUAUACUGCGCCUUCAUAAGUUCGAUCCAAUCAAGCAUGCAGUCAGCUCAGCAGUUUCGCAACUAAAGCAAGGAAAAUUUUCGAAGAAGACACACACUCCUCGACUCAUGCCAGACACUAGAGUCAUUGAGGAUGUCCGGAAAAGUUUGAUAAUCAACAAGAAACAGUUUCUUCAAUUUUUUUUGGCUGUUGCAUUUGUUUUUGUUCCUAGGACCAUGGUGGUUCUAAUCAUGGUAGUAUUGCCAGCCAAUGGUUGUACAGGUGAAAGGGGAACUGGGAGGUCUGCAAAGAAACGUGGUGAGUUAUCGUUGCAUCUGUUUUCCCACUGAAAAUUUCUUUUUGUUUUUUACUUUAUGAAACAAGCUGGUGAAGCUGCUAGUACUGUUCAGAUAGAUGAGAAUCAACCAAAUCAGGAGGAGCAACUCCAGCAGUUAGUUGAUGAGAGAGUGAAAGAGAUCAAAUCAAUAGCUGAGAAAGUGUCUGUGCAGCUCUCUAUCAUUGCUGAGGCAUCAUAAAGGACUUCAAUUUUGGCGAUGCCCUUGUACUUUACCGAUUGAUGCAAUUUGUAGGGUGAAAGUGGUUUGUGGGUUGGAAUAUUGGAGGCUUAUCUGUAAAUCUUUGAGCUCUAUGCUUGCAUCCUAGCUUUUGUUAUUCGAAUAUUUGCAGAACUUUAUUACUUCUAAUGAAAUUGAGCAGCUAACGCCACCUUUAACA